GCGGUAGCAAACACUCGUCUCAAACGCAAUGCAUUGUGGGAACUGUAGGCGACGAGUUGACAGCAGCCACCCUUUCCAGCAUGGAAGAAAGCCACCAAAGCCCACAUGGCUGUAAUGGAAAUAACUCGGACCCAGAGGAAGACAGAGGCUCAGAUGCCGACUUUGGACCUUCGAAACUCGGAACUAAAGAAUAUUGGGAAGAUGCUUAUCAACAAGAACUGGAGACAUUCAAAGAAAUCGGGGAUGUUGGUGAGAUAUGGUUUGGUGAGGAAAGCAUGAGCCGAGUACUGCGAUGGAUGAAGGGAGCUAAGAUUCCAGAAGUUGCUACCAUUCUUGACAUUGGCACUGGCAAUGGGGCCUUUUUAGUUGAGCUUGCCAAACAAGGAUACAGGAAUCUGACUGGUAUUGAUUAUUCUCCAGCAUCUGUAGAAUUGGCCAGACAUAUUCUGCAGGCUGAGGACUUCACAGAUGUCCCUGUAAAGGAGGUGGAUUUUUUAAACUGUCAAGGGGAGUUCAAAGAUUUUGACAUCUGCAUUGACAAAGGAACAUUUGAUGCCAUAAGCUUAAACCCGGACAACGCAAAGGAGGGCAAAAAAUUGUAUGUCCAAGCCCUAAAAGAUGCUCUCAAGAGUGAAGGAUUCUUUGUCAUCACCUCCUGUAACUGGACGAAAGAGCAGCUGCUGGAAAGAUUCAAUGAAGGAUUUGAGUUUGUGCAGGAGUUGCCUACACCCAAGUUCCAGUUUGGAGGCAAGACAGGCAACAGUGUGACUGCGCUUAUUUUCAAGCGUGUAUAAUUCUUCACACAUGUUCCUAUGAAGUUUGUGUUAUGUUGUGCCAUCAGUUCUACAGUGUUUUUCCUGUUUGUUACAUUUUGGAUGUUUUGUACAAGAUCAAAUUAUAUAUUAUUCCUUUAUAAAAACGAUGUCAAAUGAAGCAAAUGUACAGUGUGUUUGAGCUCUUUUGAACUUAAUAAAUCAGUGUUUGUUUUGU